AUGAGGUCGACUGAUAAUUAUUAUCAACAACGUAAUGCUGGUGUAAUAGCAAGUAAACGAAGACUUCCGUUUGAUUCCGCAUCAGCUCGCAUGUCAUCAUCCACAGUAACAAAGCGUGCAGUUUCCAACACAUUACGUUAUCCACAAUCUAACAAUCGUCACGAGAUUUUUCUAAACAAAUCGUCAUCAUCGUCAUCGUCACCUUCUGCUUCAUCUUCAAUUACAGAACAUGAAGAUGAUGAUGAAGUAAAAAUGCUUGAUGAAACCAUUCCUGAAAAUGAUUUCCAUGAAGCAGAUAAGCGUAAAAAGACAAUUACAAAUAGUCGUCAUUCAGCAAUGAAUAAUCACAACAGUAAAACGGACAUUGGUGGUCCAUUGAUACAAGAAUUACUUCAAUCUAAUAUGAAUCUUAAAAAAGAAAUACGUGAUAUACGUCGACAAAUAAAAUAUAAUAAUAAUGGAUCAAAUAAACAACGUAUUGAUCGUGUAAUUAAUACGACAAGUCCUUCGAAUAAAACCAAGAUUUUAAAAGAUCAUAAUAAUGACGAUGAUGAUGAUGAUGAAUGUUCUUUUGCACCUGUUGAACAUGAUUAUUAUAACAAUUCAUCAAAAUCCAAACAAUAUAAAACAGAAGCAACAAUGUAUAAACAACAACUUGAAAAAUGUCAAGAUACAAUUGUUCAUCUUCGAAAGACAAUUCAUUCAAUGGAAAAACGAAUUGAACAAUUACGCUCAACUGAACAUCGACAAGUAGGAAAUGCAUCUAAUCAACAUGAGAGCCAUGUUUCAACUUCAAAUAACAAUACAGACCAUCGAUUUAUUCACGAAUUAUUUCAUUUAUGUAUUAAAUAUUUACCACGAUCAUCAAAAUUAAAAACAACCGUUCCAACUCAUCAAGAUAUGAAAACAUUUAUACGACAAACAUUUACAGAUUUAAUUCAACGACCAUCAACUAAGAUAAGCGCCAUUAGAAAUCAUGACAGUGGACAUUUUAUUUGUAAAUGUUCCGAACGAAGUCAAACAGAACAUCGUCCAUCCUAUCAAUAUUGUCUUACUUUAAUUGAACAAUGUCAAUCUUUAUUUGAUAUAACAUGUUAUACACAAUUAUCAACAGCAUUAAAUGAAUUAUAUUACCGGCAUGGUGAAUUAGCGAAUUUUAAACGAUCAAUUGCAAGUACACUUGGUGUUACUGAAAGUACAAGAUUAGUUAGUUGCCCAAAAUUAAUUAAAAAAUUACAACAAGUACUUGAUGAUGCUAAAUCAAAUGAAUUGAUUACAUUUAAAAAAAUGGCUAAAAUUAAUGAUAUGAAUGAAGCUGUUUCAAAAAUUCGUUCAUACGAUGAUUUUGUACCUUAUUAUCAUCAAUUUAUUGAACAAAUGGCAAAUUUACUCGUAUCUAAGGGUGAUGAAAUUAUGCCAGCUAUAAAAACACUUAAAUUACUUGCACAUAGUGAUAGUUAUCGAUCCAAUCAUAAUUAUCAACAAUCUCAUUCUUUACCACGUGCAUCAUCAUUAAUUACAAGUAAAAAUUCUUAUGAAAAUAAUUUAUCACAAUCGAAAUCACUUCGAUUACUUUCAUCGAAAUCAAAUAAUGAUUUAUCAAAUGAAAAUAACAAAUUAAUUGAUUUAGAAAAACAACAAACUAAUGAUAGUGAACAAAAACAUGAUGAAGAUUCUCAAUAA